CAUAUAGAGAGUCAGAAUCACUCAAACCUUCAGCUGAACUUCAUCACUGUUCGUGCCCGGGCUCUGAGAGUUUAUAGGAGGUAUCAGAGGAGUUUUGUACAGGAUUCAUGAUGCUGACAGGAGCUCGUGGACGUGUGUUUGCUGUGUUUGUGAUUUUAAUGUGCGUGUCCGGUGUGUGUGAGUCGGGAUGUGCUGACAGACCGUCACCGAAAUGUUGCCCGGGACGCAAUAACGAGUGUGUGGAGUUCACCGGGAGAAAGACCGUGUGUUACUGCGACACGUACUGUCAGAGGACCGGAGACUGCUGCGAGGACUACCAGACAACCUGUCGAAUAUCAGCAGCUCUAGACUGUGAGGUGAGACAGUGGGGUCCCUGGUCUCCAUGUUCAUCUGUCUGUGGAGAGGGAACAACCGAACGGAGUCGACAGGUAGCCACGCCCCCACGUAAUGGAGGCAAACCGUGUCCUGAUCUCAAACAGCGCAGAGGCUGUCUCGCACACUCUCAGACCUGCAGUGCAGCUAAAGAGGUGGCCAAAAUCCUGCCUGACUCAUUCAAGCGGAACUUUAAGGACCCGUGGAGACGACCACACAUGCUCAUGAAGGAGGAGAAGAAAAGUUAUUGCGUUAAAAUGCGUGUGAAGCAGGCGAGUUCAGCAUGUAAGGUGAAGGCGUGGAGUGCCAAGCUAGUGCGGGACCGCUCCUUAUGUGUCGAGUGUCAGAGCGACGCCAUGGCGACCGACAACCGCUGCGGUGGAGACGGCCUGCAGAACGUCAGAACUUUCUGGACGGCUGCAUCGGCACCUGGUUGCUCGGGGUCGUGGGUUCGAGAAUCCUCCACUGAGAACUGCCACUGUCCACCGUAUUCCUUACUUUUUGUCUGAACCUUCAAAGCUUUUUUACGAGGGACGUGAUUGAUCCAAAGAGUCUUGGAGCACCUCCUACUUUCUGAAGCCAAAUUCUGUGCGUAAACUAAUCCGUGAAAACUCUACAGCGCAUCUGUCAACCGCGUGUCCUCCGCCCCCACCGAACCAAAACACAAUCACGCUUUUCUGAACUCUACCUCCAAGAUGCACCUGCACGUGUUUUUGAUGAUGCCUUGUAUCUUCUCAUUUCAUAUGUACUUUUAUAUGUUUGAAUGUAAAUUCUGUGUGACAGUUUGUGUGUGUAUGUGUGUGCGCAUAUACGUAUUGCGGUAUGGUUGCGUGUGUUUUCAUUUAUUAAUGCACAAGUAGUCGAACGGAAGGCUAUUGUAUAUGAAUGUUUCUAUUAGUAUUAGUAUUGCAUUCUCUGGAGAUCUUUCUAUUCUGCUGUGUAAUUUUCUUUCAAAUUCAUGAAUUCUAAAGAGUGUCGUAAUCCGUGCCGACACAAUUCUUAUAUUUUAAUGGAAUAUGCAAACCGAGUGCAACCGAAUCCACUUGGGGACUGGGCUACAGUCCAUAUGUUCACGACCGGCCUUACUUAACUAUUAUCAGUCAAAUUUCCAAAUGACAGUAUGAUGGUGUGUUUCUCGUUGCUGCUCGCCUCCGUAGAAAUUACCUUUGGCGAGCAGCUCGCAUUCUUAGCGAUCUCUUGAAAUGGCCAAAGAAAGAGGAGGGGGUAAACUGAACCACACAAUGGGACCAGGUGUGUAAAGCUAAAUGUCCCCUGUGAAUCCCACCUGGUUCUCAGAACUUUUAUCGUAUUUAUUAUCACAGCAUCUCAAUACAAACAGGAGCGAUUCACACGUAUGUAUACACAUACUGUAUUAGAACUAGGGCUGUCACAAAUAUUAAAUAAUCGUUUUUUUAAUUAUUAAACAAUUAUUGGAUAUAAUUGCAAUUAUUUUAAAUCCUAGUAAUCAAGGGUGAUAUCCACCGUCCUUGAUCUGCACCCACAGUUACGUUCGAAUGACUUCUUCAUCACAUCAUAUUUUUCGUGUUUAUGAGGUUUUUUUAAAUGGUUUCAGAUUUGCUGAAUCUACACAAGAUGACAUCAUGUUCAUUCCUCAUAUCUCUGUUUUUUUCUGUUAAGGUCACUCUGUAGUAAAUGUUACUAGUUAUUUACAGAGUUUUCACAUUUCUGAAUGCAUCAAUUUUUUUCAUUGAAUAAAUUAAUUGUAACUAAUCAUUAUAGCCUACAGAUAAAUGAAUCGGCAUAAUCGCAAUUAUGUAAUACUAAAUUAUUCAUCAGCCAAAUUUGAUAACCGUGACCGCCCUAAUAAGAACUGUGCCCGAUCCAUCCUUUAUGGGUUUCAAUUUCGUUGUUAUUAUUUGACUUUCAAAUAUUUUAACAGAUUAAGUUUUAUAGAUGCUAUAUUCUACGAUUUGUUAUUUGUGAUGCCAUUAUUUUAUCCAUUCAUUAAACACUCCUGUCUCUCUUUUCCUUA